UCACACACAGCUUCCUUUCGCGCCGGGUAACCGGAGAGCAGUGCGUCCAUGUGCGCAGUGACUGGGAAUUGAGAGUCCUCUGAAAUAUUAAAAUCCGAGCCGCAAACAGAGUUUCCGCGAUGGAUCCAGAGUCUUUGGUCGAGGCCCUUCGGGGGACGAUGGACCCCAAUCUGCGGGAGGCCGCGGAGAGACGGCUGAACGAGGGUCACACCCAGGUAAACUUUGUGUCCACUCUGCUGCGUGUCACCAUGUCUGAUCAGCUGGAUUUGCCUGUCAGGCAAGCAGGUGUGAUUUAUCUUAAGAACAUGAUAACCCAGCACUGGAGUGAUGGAGACGGUUCAGGCACAGAGACACCUGUCAAUAACAUCCCUGAUGAGGACAGGCUGUUCAUUCGAGACAGCAUAGUGGAGGCCAUCCUCCAAUCCCCGGAGCGCAUCAGGGUCCAGUUGACCACAUGUAUCCACCACAUGAUCAAGCAUGAUUACCCCGGCAAGUGGACGACCAUCGUGGACAAGAUUGGCUUCUACCUGCAGUCAGACAACAGUGCAGGAUGGUUGGGCAUUUUGCUCUGCCUUUACCAGCUUGUCAAAAACUAUGAAUAUAAGAAACCAGAAGAGCGCCAACCUCUGGUGGCUGCCAUGCACAUCUUCAUGCCUAUGCUGAAAGAACGUUUUAUCCAGCUGCUCCCUGACCACUCCAGUGACUCUGUCCUCAUACAGAAGCAGAUCUUCAAAAUCCUCUAUGCCCUCUUCCAGUACAACCUUCCCCUGGAACUCAUCAACAGACAGAACCUGACAGAAUGGAUGGAGAUCCUAAAGACAGUAGUUGACAGAGACGUGCCUCCGGAGACGAUGCAGAUCGAUGAAGAUGAGCGGCCUGAGCUGCCAUGGUGGAAGUGUAAGAAGUGGGCCCUUCACAUCUUGGCCCGCCUGUUUGAGAGGUAUGGAAGCCCAGGCAACACAACCAAAGAGUACGCAGAGUUUGCUGAACUUUUCCUCAAGGAAUAUGCAGUACCUGCACAACAGGUGCUGCUGAAAGUCUUAUACCAGUACAAGGAAAAGCAAUACGUGGCUCCCAGAGUACUCCAACAGACACUCAACUAUAUCAACCAGGGCAUAGCACACGCUCUUACGUGGAAAAACCUCAAACCACACAUCCAGGGCAUCAUUCAGGAUGUGGUUUUCCCCCUCAUGUGUUACACAGAUAGUGACGAGGAAUUGUGGCAGGAGGAUCCGUACGAGUACAUCCGCAUGAAGUUUGAUGUAUUUGAGGACUUCAUCUCUCCAACGACAGCAGCCCAGACACUCCUCUUCACUGCCUGCAACAAGAGGAAAGAGGUGCUGCAAAAGACAAUGGGCUUCUGCUACCAGAUUCUCACUGAUCCCAGCUCUGACCCCAGGAAAAAGGAUGGUGCCCUCCACAUGAUAGGCUCCUUGGCUGAAAUCCUGCUGAAGAAAAAGAUAUAUAAGGACCAGAUGGAGUUCAUGCUGCAGAAUCAUGUCUUCCCCCUGUUCCGCAGUGAACUCGGCUACAUGAGAGCCAGAGCGUGCUGGGUGCUUCAUUACUUCUGCGAGGUGAAGUUCAAAAGUGACCAGAACCUGCAGACGGCUCUGGAGUUGACCCGCCUCUGCCUUAUCAAUGACAACGAGAUGCCAGUCAAGGUGGAGGCUGCUAUCGCGCUGCAGGUUCUUAUCAGCAACCAGGAGAAAGCCAAAGAAUACAUCACUCCAUUCAUCCGGCCAGUGAUGCAGGCCCUCCUGCACAUCGUCAGGGAGACGGAGAACGAUGAUCUCACCAACGUCAUACAGAAGAUGAUCUGUGAAUACAGUGAGGAGGUCACUCCUAUUGCAGUGGAGAUGACACAACACCUGGCAAUGACGUUUAACCAGGUCAUUCAGACGGGGCCUGAUGAGGAGGGAGGAGACGACAAGGCUGUGACUGCGAUGGGCAUCCUCAACACCAUUGAUACAUUGCUAAGUGUGGUGGAGGACCACAAAGAGAUCACCCAGCAACUUGAGGGCAUCUGUCUGCAGGUGAUUGGCACUGUGCUGCAGCAACACGUUCUGGAGUUUUAUGAGGAGAUCCUGUCCUUGGCUCACAGCCUGACCUGCCAGCAGGUGUCGCCACAGAUGUGGCAGCUCCUUCCACUGGUGUACGAAGUCUUCCAGCAGGAUGGAUUUGACUACUUCACAGAUAUGAUGCCACUCCUUCACAACUAUGUCACAGUGGACACAGACACCCUCCUAUCUGACACAAAAUACCUGGAGAUCAUCUAUAGCAUGUGCAAGAAGGUCCUGACAGGUGAUCCAGGUGAGGAUCCAGAGUGCCAUGCUGCGAAGCUAUUAGAGGUGAUCAUUCUGCAGUGCAAAGGCCGUGGUAUUGAUCAGGUUGUUCCCUUGUUUGUGGCGGCUGCAUUGGAGCGUUUGACGAGGGAGGUGAAGACCAGCGAGCUGAGGACCAUGUGCCUGCAGGUGGCCAUCGCGGCACUCUACUACAGCCCCCCUCUUCUCCUCAACACUUUGGAGAAUCUCCGCUUUCCCAACAACACUGAGCCAAUCACUAACCACUUCAUAACCCAGUGGCUCAAAGAUGUCGACUGCUUCCUUGGCCUCCAUGACAGGAAAAUGUGCAUUCUCGGACUUUGUGCCCUCAUUGAUCUCGAGCACAGACCUCAGGCUAUCAACCAGGUGGCCGGCCAGCUUUUGCCAGCAGCCAUCUUACUGUUCAGUGGCCUCAAGAGGGCGUACGCCUGUCGAGCAGAGCAUGAGAAUGACGACGAUGACGAUGAUGAAGAUGGGGAAGAAGAGGAUGAGAAUGUUGCGGAGCUCGGCAGUGACGAAGAUGACAUCGAUGAGGAGGGUCAGGAGUACCUGGAGAUGCUGGCGAAGCAGGCAGGAGAAGACGGAGACGAUGAAGACUGGGAGGAGGACGAUGCUGAGGAGACAGCACUUGAAGGCUACACUACAGCUGUAGAUGACGAAGACAACUUAGUGGACGAGUAUCAAAUCUUCAAAGCCAUACUACAGAACAUCCAGACCCGUGACCCAGCAUGGUACCAGGCACUAACACAAGCCCUUGACGAGGACCAGGGCAAACAUCUUCAGGACAUUGGCACACUCGCAGACCAGAGACGGGCCGCACAUGAAUCCAAGAUGAUCGAGAAACAUGGCGGUUACAAGUUCACGGCGCCAGUGGUGCCAUCUACUUUCAACUUUGGAGGCACUGCUCCAGGAAUGAAUUGAGUCAUCUGUUCUACUUUUUAUUACUCUGUGACUGAUUGUAGUGAAGUGAAAAAAAAAGCUUGUGUUGUUCCCUUAAGUAGUGGUUCCAGAACUGGUUCUUCUCAGUCAUUCUUCAAUCUGUUAAAUGGGGAAAUAAGCACCAGAAGAUCUGGGAAAGCAACCAAAAUGCAACCAAUGGCUGGGGAAAACAAACCAAGAACUUGAGCACGAUGCAGGAGAAGAAGCUCUGAACAACGUUGUCUUCUGGAGCCCAGUGUGGAAGGGAUACCAUGACGGCAACUCUUUUGUUUUUUUUCCCACUUAAACAAAAUUGGGGGAUUAACAGUUAGAAAUUGAUAAUGGGACUAAAUACUUCAUUAUCACUGUUGUGGCCAAAUGGUCGUAAUAAGAUUAUACCUCUGGUAGUGGUGAUAUCUACGUUAUUUUCUGCAUAAACAAUCAUGUUUAUGUACAUACAAGCCAAGGUUAUUGAUUUUUCAGGUAGCCUUGAAAAACAACCAGAGGCAUUUGUAAGGUGUCAACAGCUGUAUUCAUAUGUAGCAUAUUGGAUACUUCAUAGCACUAUGUGAUGCCUGAUCUCUGUAAAUUAAUGACUAGCACUUUCAUAUUGUUCAGGUCUCCUAGCCUUCUGUAUCAGACUGCAAAUUUUUUUAAAUUGAAGACUAUUUAAAAAUGAAAACAGCUGUAACUUUGUUACUCAGAAAGCAACUUCUGUAAUGGCUGGUUGUCACGCAUCUGGUUACAGAGUGAAUCGGUAGGCAACUCGGAAACAAUGAUUCAAGGAAAAGAGGAUGCUAUUGGUGUUCAGUAUGGCUACAGGACGUGUUUGUGAGCACUGAAAGUACAAUUGGAUACAUCAUUGAAGCAUGUACAAUUGGACUUAUCGUGAAGGUCUCAAGCUUUUGGUUGGUGUAUGGAUGAACCAUCUAUAUAUACAACAGCAUAUUAAAAAAAAAAGAAAAAAAAAAAGCUUAAGGGAAUUCAUGACCAUGUGUGUUUCCUUACACAGGAACUUGUGUCCACCAGAGAGCAGUGCUCUCCUGUGAUUACAGAAUCACCAGUCUGUACUUGUCUGUUCACAUAGACCUGUUUAGAAAUACUGCCCCCUACAGCAACUCUCAAACAAAAGUCACAAACACUGAGGCCCUUCGAUUAUUUUCUCCUACCAUCUUUUUUUGUCGGGGUCAAACAGCCCAGUGACUUGUCCAGAAACAUGGUUACUUAACAAGCAUGGGACUUAAUAAAUGCUGUAGCAUAAAGCAUCUUGUAAUCCAGCCUCGAUUAAGGAAACUGGGAAAGGAUCCGCUCCAGGAUGAAAUGCUUUGGUCUUGUGGUCUUGUCUUGAAGAGGAACCCGAACCUGUGUCAAAAGGUUGUUUCAAUUACUUCAUUAACUAAUCUCCUAAAAAUACAUUCAAGCCGAUUUCUACAUAUCUUAAACGGGCCAGGUAGAACGUGCACAGUAGAUAUUGUCAAGAGUGGAAACGCAGCAUUUUAAUUUGUUUUGCGCCAGCUGUCAAUAUUUGAUUUUUGCCAUUCAAGGCCUAAUUCCUCUUUGAUUUAUCAAAAGUUACUUGUUCAUCUCCAUUUGAAUAACAGAAAAGUGUAAAUAUCAGAGGCUUUUUACAGGACCAUUUCAGCUAAAUAGAUUUGUCUGUUUUGCCUAGAGUUCAUUGUACUUGGCCAUGUACAUUAUGUUUAUGUAGGAAAUAUGAUCCCCCAAGUAAAAGUUACAAAUACAGUCCUGCAAUAUAAAAUAGCCCUGCAUUGAAAUUAUUACUUAAAGUAUGCAUUGUAGGCCAGAAAAAAUGUACCUCGCAAUGCAGAAGAAUUAUUAUUGGUACAUUAAUAUGUAAGGAGAUUUUAAUGUUGUAAAUGGUGGAGCAAAUGUUGGGAAGUUAAAGUUGUCUGCUUGGCCAAUUAUGUUCUAAAUUGUUUACUCUAUAAAACGUCAGAAGAGUGAAAUAGGACCAUCACAAUUUCCUCGAGCUGAGUGAGAUGUCUUUAAAUGUCUUAUCUUUUAGCCAACUAAUGGGUUCAAACUCAACAAUAUUCAACUUAUUGCAAAGGGCAGGGUUUUCCCUCUCUCCACUGUCACCAAGUGUUGGCUCACGGUGGGAACUCUUGGGCUUCUCUAUAAUAUGGUAAGGUCUCGAACCUUACUCGGUCAAGUGCCUUUAAAUAAUGUAUGUUGUGAUUUGGCGCUAUCCCAAUAAAACUGAAAUUGAAAGGA